AUGCCUCGAGCAUCGUUGAAUUUUUCGGUGGAACGGUUAAUUGAUCAUCCACCGUCCUGGUUGCAAUGUCACCAGCUUCAGGCCACAACUAGUAGCCAAGGCUCUAGCCACUGGGCUUCCGGUGCAAGGCCAACAAUUCCUGGCCUCAAAAGACCGUCAACAUUCGGAUCGUCAGAGAGAUUUUCCCAAUCUCAUCAUCGCGAUAAAAAUGCCACUUUCAACCGAGAAUUCUGUGCUGACGGGCUAGGAGAACAACCGGAACAAGCAAUGGAUGCUUCAGCACUCAGCCAGAAUGCAGGAAUUCAGGGUUCAACGGGAAGCAGUCGAAAUUUACCCAAACAUGCGGAAAAUGCUAAUUUUUAUUCGCCAAGUCGACAAGAAGCGAGGGAUAAUCCACUGUCAGUACAUCAACGUCCAUCUGUUUGCUUAUCUGGCCCAUCACCGCAAACUUUAUCGUAUUUCGAUGUUUUACUCCCACAUGUCCAGGUAAUUCUCAUAUCAGCUGCAAAAGCAUCUAAACUACUUUUUCUGAAAUUCAUAUUCAUAAUCCUAUGUCCAUUCAACUCUGCUCUGCUAUUAUAG